AUGAAAAAUAAAAACUUGGGUUACGAAAGAACUUACUUUGAAAUAACGUACGAGUGGCCAAGAAGGUUGGAUGAAAUACUUUCCCACGAACCAGCUAAUCAGGAGAAGCAAUUGAAGCACUCAUGGAACCCAGACGACAGAUCUCUAAACAUCUUCAUUAAGCCAGAAGAUCCUCAAAUCAUCCACAGACAUCCAGUUGCUCAGAGUACCGACUGCAUCCGAGGAAAAGUUGGUCACAGUCAAGGUUUGCACUAUUGGGAGAUAACAUGGAACCAGCAACAGAGAGGCACCCACCCGAUUGUUGGAGUUGCAACAAAAGAUGCACCCCUUCAUUGCCCCGGCUACAGAAAUUUGAUUGGCAGCAACAAAUAUUCCUGGGGAUGGGAUAUAGCAAAACAUACAAUCAUCCACAACAGUAUUGAGAAAACUUUAACGUUUGUAAACGGAAUUGUAGAAAGAAGAAGAACAAACUCACCUUGUGAUCGUGUCAUUCCUGAUACAUUCGGAAUGAUCCUCGACAUGGAUGAGGGAACGCUGGGAUUUGUGAUUGAUAAGAAAUAUACCGGCAUCGCUUUUGGAGGGUUGAAGGGCAAGACCUUGUACCCCGUUGUGAACACCGUCUGGGGACAUUGUGAAGUUCAAAUGAGAUACAUUGCCAGUAUAGCUUCGCAACCCCGCUCCUUGCUCGAAACAUCCAGGAAGUUGAUUGAAAAGUGUGUUUUGGACAAGAGUUACAGUGAGAAUUUUAGCACUCUCCCGAUCCCAAAGGUGUUGGAAAGUUUUCGUGGUCAGAACCGGCCGUCACAUUCUUCCGGUGGCCAUCCAGGCUGA